CUUUCCGCGCCUAAAUUCUGUCUUUCCCUCUUCUCCUCACUUUCGCGUACAAGUUCGUGUGUCGACAAAUCAAUCCCGACCAAAUUGUUUAAGAAAGGAGAUUACUUUUGGUCGGAAUUUCGUCAGUGGAUGAAUCGAUAUGACUAAAGAUCACAACUUUUCGGAGAAUCAAGACACCCAGCCGAUUGAUUCUCUUCCCUCUUCCCCUUCCGACUCUGGUGAAGAGAAAGAUGGUUUCUUUGGGAAUCUUGGCGAUGAGUUUAUGAACGACACUGUACCUUUCGAGGACGAUGCUUGGAUCAAUGAUGAGUUUAUGGAGACUCAGGUCAUAGACAACGACGAGUUUCUUCUCUGUCGCGAAACUCAAGCUGUGGAUUUGGGGUUUCAAACUCAAGAAGAACCAUUUGUAGAGGAUGAGCAGUUACUCCAAGGUUUUGAUGGCUUGGCUAAACAGGUGCUGGAUCCUUCUGAUGAAGAUAGUGAUGGUGUUGAUGUUACUGUUUUCUUGGUGGACAACCGCGAGGUCUCUGAUUGUGGUGACUCGAGCAGUAGAAGAAAGCUGUUAUCAAGUGAAGAUAAGAGUAGAGAGCGUGCUGAUGAGAACAUGAAACCAAUGGGUGCCCUUGAUGCUUCGUCGAGUGGACAUGAAAACGUUAAGCCAACGGGAAAGGUGGCCAGGUUCGCUUCGGUUCGUUCAGCAGCUUUUCGUGCUUCUGCUGUUUCAGCCCAGAAGCUUCUCAACAGAGACAGUCCUACUUUAGCCAGCUGCCAUUCUUCUGGUCAAGGAGCCACAACUAGUUCCCUUCUACAACAACAUUUUGGAGAAGUAGGGAAUCAGAACUGUCCUCCCAAUACGUUUGUUGAAAAGAAAAAUGAAGGGAAAAGAACAGCGAGAAAGCUUUUAUUUGAGGAUGAUUCGCCUGAAGAAAACUGCCCUUCUCCUGGUUUGAGUUAUAUAGACUCUCAAGAGCCUGGUGAGGCAUCACAGGCCAGUGCUCUUAAAUUUGUUGAUAAACUCAUUAGUGAGUCUGGUCUAAACUUUGAUGUUGAAGCUGAAGCUGAUUAUGGAAGGAGAACAGAAGAAAAAUUAGACAAAAUCUCAAGUGUUAAAGGUCCACUAGAAUUAGCAAAGAAAGCAAGUUACAAAGCGAGAGCUCUUGGAAACAGUAUGUUCGAGUGGGAUGAUAAUCGUGAGGAUGAAGGAGGUGGCGAUAUUUGUCUUAGAAGAAAAGAAGAACUUUUUGGAGUUGCUAGUAAAGCACAAAGACGUUCUUCCGUGCCAAGAGAACAGAGAAGGGAACUUGAAGUUUCAGUGGAUAAAAGUCAAAGAAGGGCUCAUUCUGAUUCCAGACUGUUGCAGCGUUGUGUGACUAGGGGCCCAAAGAUGAUUCAAGCUGCUAAAAAGAAUCUCGAUAAAGAGUUAGAUGCAGUUUCCGAGGAAGGUUAUAAUAGAAUAUCUGAUAUGCGUGACUUGGUAGAGUUAGGGUAUGAGACACAAGUGGCCGCUGAAGCUGUUGAUGCUGUGCGCUCUGGUGGUCGCAGCAAAGUUAAUGGUGAGGCUAGUCCAGGAAAUAAACUGUCACCGGGAGAAGAGAGAGUGAUUACUAGACAAUCCAAGGGAACUAAGAGGAUUCAAGCUAUGGGUAAAGAGGAAUUGUUGAGAAGAAGGAUGAAUAAGGCUAGUCCGAGUCCUGCUAAAGCUUGCAGGAAGAGUAUUGAAAGGUCUUUACAGAGUGACCAGCUUGACAAGGGAGGUCCAUACUGCUCGAAGAGAAGGAUUGUCUAUACUGCUCCACGAGAGAGUAGAGAUAAUCUUGUUGAUGAGAUGGAUGAAGUUUCCAAGGAAAGUAAAACAAGAAUGUUUAAUAGGCGAGAAGAGGUAGAAGCAGGCCCUGAUACGCAGAUGGCUGCUGAAGUGAUCAGUGCUCUGCACUCUGGAGACGCCAGGGAUGAGGCUAAGAAAUCGUCACGUGGAGUUGUUACCAGAAAAUCCAAGAGACUUAAGGGGAUUCAAGCUGUAGAUGAUGAUAUUGAAUCGUUGAAACCAAAAACCAAGAAGGCUAAAUCAGUUCUUGUCAAGGCUUAUUCAAAGAAUGAGAAACUUGAUUUGCCAGAUGAAGUUGUUGUGUCUAAGCUACUUAAGCAACCAAGCAGAGGUGAAGCAGAUGUGUUGAGUUAUCCCAAGCGGAGAAGGUCAGCUCGUUUCUUGCAAGAUCAGGUUAACGAGGCAGAGAGGAGUUCAGAACCCGAUUUUGACACUCCAGUUAAGUCUAAGGAGCCUUCAAAGAAUGUAUCACCUAUAUGCAUGGGCGAUGAGUAUCCUAGACUUUCUUGCAAGGAUUCACGAACAUCAAACACUACAAGGGAGUUCCGUAACUUGACCUCACCAUUGAUGGAACCUGUUCCCGAGACAAAGAGUACAAGGAAGCGAAGAGAUUUAGGUAGUGUACGUGUCUUGUUCAGCCAGCAUCUUGAUGAAGAUGUGACCAAGCAUCAGAAGAAGAUUUUGGCUAGGUUUGAUAUCUCGGAAGCAUCUUCCAUGACAGAGGCAACACAUUUUGUAGCGGAUAACUUUACGCGCACAAGGAACAUGCUUGAGGCAAUCGCUUCAGGGAAGCCAGUGGUGACUACACAGUGGCUCGAAAGCAUCGAUCAAGUGAAUAUUUAUGUUGACGAGGAUCUUUACAUACUCAGAGACUCGAAGAAGGAGAAGGAGUUCGGUUUCAACAUGGGGGUUUCUUUGGCUCGUGCACGACAGAAUCCGCUACUAAAGGGAAGAAGGGUCUUUAUAACCCCAAAUACAAAGCCUGGUUUGAACACAAUCACAACUUUGGUUAAGGCAGUUCAUGGACAGCCUGUAGAAAGAGUUGGAAGAUCUGUCCUGAGCGACGAGAAGGUCCCAGAGAAUCUUCUAGUUUUAUCAUGUGAAGAGGAUCGAGAUAUCAGCAUACCAUUUCUAGAAAGAGGGGCUGAGGUGUAUAGCUCUGAGUUAGUGCUGAAUGGGAUAGUUACUCAAAAACUAGAGUACGAGAGGUACCGUCUCUUCACUGAUCAUGUUAGGAGAACAAGGUCAACGAUAUGGAUCAGAGACGGCAAAGGAAAGUUCCAACGCCGUAGAGGGUGAAGGAAGAAAUGUGAUCAAACUAUUCCUUUAUGAAAGCUCCUCUGUUUUAGAUACACUUUAUUAGAAAGUCGUUGUAUAUGUAAUAUACUAAUAUGUUGCUGUCUUUGGCUUCAACUCUUGUAAUUAUAUACUCUGCUUCGAAUUGCUUAAACUUUUCUAA